AUGCAGAAGCAAAGUGCCGUAGGACAGCUGAUUGCCAAGUUAAUGAGCGUCUUCGGGAACCAGGAGCAGAAGGUUACCAUCAUGGGAUUGGACAAUGCGGGAAAGACCACCAUUCUCUACCAGUUCUUGACCAAUGAGGUGGUCCAUACGUGUUCCACCGUUGGCAGCAACAUGGAGGAGAUCAUUUUGCAGAAGACCCACUUCCUCAUGUGGGACAUAGCGGGGCAGGAGGCUCUGAGCUUUAUCACCAACACCUAGUUCGUCAUCCUUGUGAUUGACAGCACGGACUGGGAUUGGCUGCUGACUGCUUGAGAGGAGCUAUAUAAAAUGCUGGCCCAUGAGGCUCUGCGGGAUGCUUCAGUCCAUUUUGCCAAUAAGCAGGACGUGAAGGACUCUGUGAGGACGGUAGAGAUCUCCCAUUUCCUUACUCUCAGUACCAGCAAAGGCCUGUGCUGCUGUACCCUCACUGGGGAAGGGCUGCCUGCCGCGCUCCAGUGGAUGCAAUCUCAGGCCGUUGCUAACUGA